UCCUAAUGCGAUGAAUUCUUCUAUGGCCAUAACGGAGAGGCAGGAAUAGAAAGUUGAGUGAUUCAAAAUCAAGUCCAAAUAUAAUCAUGAUUGGAACUGAAUGAGUUGAUUUGGAGGAAAAAACAAUCAUGAUCAGAUCACGAUAUCAAUUAAAUAGAGAAUCUCGAAAAAAUAAAAAACAAUGAAACCGCCACACCAACAGCUUGCAGAGCGGUUACUAAAAUAUCUAAAACCCACUCCUUUGAAACUGAAACUGAAACUGAACUCAACUCAACUCAAAAACCCCCUGAAGAAGAAACAAGAAGAUCAUGGAGUUGGACCCCAAAACCAUGCGAACCACCAAACCCGGCCUCAAGCCUGUCAUCCUCACCCUCAUUGUCCCCUUCUCAUUCAUCCUAGGUUUCCCGCUGCUAUGGAAAUCCGUCGAAAUCUACCGUUCUCCGCUCCCCUUCCGUGGAAUAGAAGCAUUCUCUUCGCAAUUGGACUCCGAACCCGUACACUUCCGUUGCCAAUUCCAAGCCAUGUUCCUUGGUUUCAACUUCACCGCCUCAAACGACGUCGCAGAAGCAAUUAUCAACAAGAUGUCCCUACUGAACCCUAACUCCUCGCAAUGCGGUAAUUGCGGUGCCUAUGAGGUCUCUGUGGUGAUUGAUUCGGGCUCAAGUUGCAUGCGGACGGAGAAUUCGAAAGCUCAGUGUCCGUUUAAGUGUGGUGAAGAAGUUGCUUUUUUUGGCGGGAAGUUGAGUGAUGAAGAUGUUGAUGAGUUGCUGAGGGGUUGUUUGGGGAAUGUGGAUGGUGGAGGGAACGUGUAUAGUGUGGUGGUGGUGAAUGGGGGCGACAAGGAGGCAGAGGUGAGGGCUGUGGUGGGGAAGUAUCGGCACGCGUGGAUACUCGGCCGUGUUUUGGAGGAGGAGGCGCUUUCGAGGGUGGCUGAAAUCUUUGCCAAGGUGUUCAUGAAUGGUAGGAGUGAAGGGGAUUCGAUUCGCGCCGAGUUCAUGCCGGUUGGUGCUGAUGGCAGGAUUGUUCUUUCCUUCAGUUUGCUCAAUGCAGAGCCGCGGGAUUGGAUAUUUGAUUGGAAUUUUCGUGAAAUUGAUGAGAUUCUGUUGCAACCUGUAAUCCAAUCUUUGCAACCUAUAGCAAACAUAACAGUUGAAAGCCAGGUUUUAUAUCAUACGCAAAAGUCUCCAUUUUCUUACUGGGAUGAGGUGCUUGGAAGCCACAUUUCUAGUACCAAGGAUCUUCCUUUCUUUGUUAAUUCUAAUGAGUGGCACUUGGAUACUUCAGUUGCAGCCGGUGGGAGAUCUAAAAUGUUGCAACUUGUGGUGUAUAUACCAUCAGCAAAGGAAUGUCCUCUCCGGUUGGAGCUUCCAAAUGGAGACCUGUCUAAUACUAAUGGAUUUAUAUCCCCAAUGUGGGGAGGUGUUGUUGUCUGGAAUCCCCAAAGCUGUAAAAAAGAUUUGGAAAGUAAGGAUUCAGUCAAACAUAUGAUUUCAACCCAGGAUAUCCAGAAGUUUUCUGGAAUUCUAAUGGGGCAGUUGCGGCAACUCCUUGGUCUUAAGUCUGAUAACCUCUAUGUUGGUCAAUCAGGCACAUACGUUCUCCAAGGGAGUGAAAAAGGAUUCACACAAUGGGAGUUGGAUGUUUUGUCACGGAAUCAUGUUUGCUUUAAUCUCUAUUCUUGUGCGGCAACACUUGGAUCUCUUUCCAGAUUGGUUCAAUCAUUGCCAAGGAUGAUUAUCACUGAUGAAAUUGGAAAAAAGGUGAUGAUUUCUUUGGAAGCUGCAAAAUUUGCUCAAAGUAAUGCAUCUGCUGGAAUUUAUGAUGCAUCUGCUUCAUCAUCAAGGCAAGCAAGAUCUCUGGCAGAGGAUUCCUUUUUUCAUCCUUCAAUUAUGUCUAUCAGUUAUUAUUCAUAUUGGCAUUCUUUUAUCAUCUAUACGCCAUAUUUUCUGCUUGUUAUGAAGCCAGUCAUCUUCCCUGUUUUGAGUGAAUGGAAAAGAUACAAGCAAGAGAAUAUGAAGUUUGUCGCAUGGAAGGCCAAAGCAAAGUAACAUAAAGCAGGUUUCCAUGUACUUUAAGCCUAAUGAAUUACUAAGUACUUCAACACAAGUAAACCCCUCUGUCCCCCAAAAAUAUAUAAUCAGUACAUCGUAAUGUUAUGAACCCUCAAAUCCUUAAUAUAAAACA